GAUAUAACCUCUCCCAAAGAUACUCACCCAAAAAAGACGGAAUGUUGUGAAAAUUUGUGAUUUCCCUGGAAAAGUGUGAGUGUGGAUGGAGAAACUGACUGUAUGGAGCGACAGGACUUAACGGACAUAGAGAAAGUCGAGAAAUCCAAGCCCUAAGACGAUUUUUCUAGACAGAGAAAGAUACAAUGGAGAGGCAGUGGAGAUAUUUUUUAAUCCUUGUAUGGAUUGGAUUCACAUUAUUCUGCGGUAUUCAUAUAUUCACGAAUGGAUUCCUUUUGACGCGAAUGGUGCAGAAGGAGCGAUCGUCCUGUGUCCACGUCCCAGCUUCCUGUCCACAGAAUGAGACCCACUGCACUGCGUCGACGAGAUUGAAACAGUAUUUGGACAAUGCCAACUUAUCAGACAGUAUUUGCCUGCCCCAGAAAAGCAGAGUGAUACUCAUCGUUAUUGACGCGCUGAAGUAUGAUUUUGGAGUUUAUGAUCCGGGCAAGUAUCUGCUGAGAUUCACUAUCUUUAUGGGCAGCUUCUAAAACUGAUGAAUGUGUGCUCUGAUUUCAGGUCUCCGGACGCCUCUGGCCUACCAGAAUCGCAUGCCAAUCUUCAGCGAGAUACUAAAUGCGCAUCCCCGUCGAAGUCGCAUGAUGAAGUUUCUGGCAGACCCACCGACAACCACUCUCCAGCGACUCAAGGGCAUGACGACGGGGAGUUUGCCCACGUUUAUAGACAUUGGAUCCAACUUUGCCUCGCCAGAGAUCAAUGAAGACAAUAUUAUUGAUCAGAUCGUGGGGCAAAAUCUGUCAGCGGUCUUCAUGGGCGACAGCACAUGGACAGAUCUGUUCCCGGGACGAUUCUCCCGCCAAUACUCAUACCCAAGCUUCAACAUCUUCGACCUGGACACUGUGGACAGACGAAUUGAGAAGCAUCUCCCGGGAGAGUUGGAGAAGAACGACUGGGAUUUGCUCGUGGCGCACUUCCUCGGUGUGGAUCACUGUGGCCACAAGCACGGACCCUUGCACGGCGAGAUGAGUCGGAAGCUGGGCGAAAUGGACGCCAUCAUCAGGAGUGUGAUUGACGCAAUGGCCAACGACACAAUGCUGAUUGUGGUUGGAGAUCAUGGCAUGACAUCAUCGGGUGACCACGGAGGAGACUCCGAAGAUGAGCUGACUUCGCUGAUUUUCGCCUACUCAAAAGGCAAUGAUCUCACCACAAGAGGAAAUGUCUCAGCCAUGCAACAGAUUGAUUUGGUGCCAACACUUGCCGCAAUAUUUGGUGUUCCUAUUCCAUACUCGAAUUUGGGCACAAUCCGCACAAAUUUGCUGCCAGAAGUGGCGAAGACUCCUCGGCUGGACACACUGCUUCUGCAUCUGUGGCAGAACGCCAAGCAAGUUCAGAGGUACUUCCAGCACUACGCCCUCACGAAUCUGGGCACCUUCCGUCCUGACCACAUCGAUGACUUGCACAACAAAUUCCUGGUACUGUCGCAUCGUGUGAACUCCAUCUACUCCGAUGCGGCAUUCAUGAACUUCGCCACGGAUCUGGAGAGUCACCUGAAGGGCAUUCUUGUGACGUGUCACGAUAUUUGGGUGCGAUUCGACGACUUAUCGAUGGGACACGGGCUGCUGAUAGCCAUUCUGACGGUGUUUGGGUGCUUCUUGCUGUUUCACAACUUGAAAGUUCGCCAACUGGACCAACUCUUCAGCACUUCCACCGUGACGACCAUUUACUUCAGUAAUGUCGUCUGUGUUCUCGCUAUUGUGGCACUCAAGCUGACCUCGGUGACUUCUAUGAGCUCCAUUAUGCUCUAUAUGGCGGCAUUCAACUUGUUCAUCCUCGGACUGUUCAUCAUUCAGAAUUGGAGCAAUAUUGUGGAGAACUGGAGUGAGAUUGGAAAGUUUUCCAACACUGUAACCCGAGUGGUGUAUCUGAUGUUGGUCACUGUGUUCUUCUCAAACAGCUUCAUCCUCCAGGAGCCGAAGAUUCUCACGUACAUCCUCACGGGGAUGCUACUGUAUGUGCUUUACGGCCUGAAGAAUGCAUUCGCGCCCGAGCUGGAGCGUGGCAAGCGAAGACUUGGGGCAAUUUUCUCAUCAGUGCCAAUGCACCUGAUCGGAUUGGCGUGUGUGGCGUUGGUGUGUCUAAGAGUGACACACUUGUUUUUCCGAUGUCGUGAGGAGCAUGGAAAUUGUCUGGAAUUCUCAUCGGCUGGCAGUGGCGGUGGCAUCGGGACGACAGCGAGGAGAAAAUUAGAUUUGAUUGCCGUUGUGGCGGUUGCACUCUUUGCCACCCUGACACGAAUAUAUCUGCGAAGCUGUGGCAACUUGGCUGGCUUCUCAUGGAACACCAUCUUGGCACGAUAUGGCCCGACAUUGGCGACCAUAUGCACCAGCGGAUAUUUCCUUCUGUCGCCAACAAAUGCCGCAACACCUGGCAUUCCGCAAAUUCACAUUGAUGCCAUGGCAUGGAUUGUGGGUGGAAUAUUCCUAGCGCAAGUGCUCGUGCUCAUGUACCGGCCACUGAUGACAUAUCUGGUGCCACAGGGCGUGCCAGAUGACAUAGACAUGACCACGGGACGCAUGAUACCGGAUCUCUUUAGGCGACUAAAGAACAUAUAUUGCGAGAACACGGAGAGGAGCAAGAUACCGAUAAUUUGUGGCCUUGGGACUGUCUAUUCAUCAACAGUGGUGUCCUAUUUUGUCAUCUCAACUAUCCUCGUGUGUCUGCUCCUUGGCACAAAGGCGACCACUGGCCUCUUUGUCACCAUCCUCAUUGCAGUCGUAUUUAUUAUCCUCACUGGCAUUCUGCGCUACCAGACGGCUAAGAAUCUUGAGUCUUGCCUGCAGCCCACUUUUGCCACCCUGGUGGUGUGGCUCCUCCUCAUCCACUUCACCUUCUACACCACGUCCCACCAGACGACACUCUCGCAAAUUGACUGGCAUCCAGCCUUUGUGGGCAGGACGGCGUACCACGAUCACAGCAACUUCAUUUCCGCAUUCCUAGUCAUCAUAACAACAUUUUGCGGUGCUGCACUCCUCGGUACGGUCUUCCCGCUGGUCACUCUUGCGCCCUUCUUCAUCUACACGGCGCUGCCGAAUUUGGCGGCUCAUCAUCGUGAUUUGGCGCCGGAACGACGACCUGAGCGCCUGAAGACAAGCAACAAUGUGGAGUAUAGAAGGGUGAACAUCGCCAGUGUGGAUGAGGCCACUGGGGAGGCGACGAGCGAAGUGGAGUGGGACAUCACAAAGGGCGAGCUCAAUUUAUUCGAGAAUGGGCCACUCUUCAUUGGGGCCAUCUUCAAGAGUGCGUGCCAAUUGAUGGCUCUCCAGGGACUCAGGAUUUUCUGCUCAAUGCUGGCCUGUACAAUCCACUGUCGGCAUUUGAUGGUGUGGAAAAUAUUCGCACCACGAUUUAUAUAUGAAGGUAUUUCCACCUAUGUUCUCCUGGGAGCAAUUCUUCUCAGCUACUUGAUGCUGAUCCGUGUUCACAGGGCCGUAGUAAAUCUCAUUGUAAAAUUCAGCAAAUCUAAUUAAAAAGAGAUACAACAGUGAAAAGCAGUCCAAUUCGAGACUUGGUGAAAUUCGAACGAGGGAAGCUCAAAGAGAGAGAAUGUGAAAUUGAAUUCCUUCACUGGUAUUUUCUCUUUUAUUUAUUUUUAUUUUAUUUUUUAAUGUUUAUAUAUUGUAAUGGUAUCUUUUGACUAACAAACAAAUUUAAACGGUUCUUAUGAUUGUAAUUGUUUUUUUUUUAUCUCACUUUAGUUAGUAUUCUUUUUCAUCUCUUAUAUAAGGUGACUGUCUAUUUAAAGUGUUUUCUUCUCCUCUAACGCCUUCAUUUUUUCUUUAUUCUUUAACUUCAAUGGGAUUAUUAUGAUUUCUUUAUUGAGUCCUUCUUCUGUGUAAAUUGUGUUGUCUUUUCAUCUCUCUACUUGUUCACUCUUUUCUUUAUCUAUCUCAUUUGUCUAUUCUUGUGUUUCAGCAAAUGGGAGAGAUGGUAUUUCGCUAAAACAUUUUUAAAAUGUAUAUCAUAUUAUGUAAUUUACCAUAUACAUUUAAAUUUAUAUUUCAAUUCAGAGAAUAAUUAAAGAUUGUCAUAUAUACUCUACGCAACUGAAAUGAUUUUUCUGUCUCAUAUCUUGUUUACUCGUUUAACCUUGUUCAUUUAAUCUUUAUUUCAUGUAAUGUUUGCCAAAUACCACACCAUCUCAAUGCUCAUUCAAGUUUGUGCCACUUCGUGCAUUGCAUAUUGCUUGAGGAGUGAUUUUUGUGGCUUCAAGUGCACAGGAAGUCUCGCGAGUGAAUUUUCAAGUUGCACUUCAUUUGCAAAUCACACGAUUCGAAUAGCUCUAAAUUGCGAAUGGUGGAAUCAACAGUUGCUGCUUGGCAAUCUAUUAACUCACGAUUGGUAAGCAAACACUCCUCAAAGUCUACCUGAAUUGGCACAAAUUGCGAGAUGGAAUUCAUUCGGAGUGGUAUUUUAAUUUCUCCUCUUUCCUAUUUUCUUAUUGCAAGUCUUUCUGAGUAACACUGACAAUGUUAAUGAAUUUUCUCAAAGAGUGUCCUCUCCACUGGCGGAGUGCACUUUCAGCAUGUCCCACACGGGGAGAUGUUGAAUGAAAGAUAACGGGCAAGAGAAUAAGUCGGGGAGAAGGGAGAGAAAGCGUUACAAUGGGGGAGUUUUUACAGUAUUAAGGAGUUGUGUGUGUUUGGGGGGCGGCAUAGAAGUUGACGGAAGGGAGGGGGACAUUUUAAUUAACUUAGUGAAUCUCAAAAAUGUUUAUCACAAUCCUCAUGUUGCAGAGUGCAUUUUCUAACUUUAAUAGUUUUAUAAACUUGCUUAUAUUUUCUCACUUUCCUAUUUAAUAAUUCAACAUGCACCAGAGAAUGUUAACGAGGUGAGGAAUGAAAAAGAGUUGUAAUAUUUUUCAACAAACAAGUUAAUUUCAUCAUUAACAUAUGAGAGACAUGGGGCGGGGGCUGAAGGGACGCGGGCGGCUGGAGAGACUGUGGAAUACUCAAUUGAUUUUCGGCUGGCCCCCGAGAGCACGGAAAAAAUACAACAUUCACGUGUGAAUAUUUUUUUUAAACCACCGAGAGAAGGAAAGUAAAGGGAGAGGAAAAAUAACGCGAAUGCCUCUGAAAUAUUCAACACACGCAGGACACGGAGUCAAUCGUCCACCAAUUUACAUUAUUUACACAAAAAAUUAUUUAUACUUGAUUUCCAUCCUUUUUUUAUAUGUAACUCUUCGUCUAAAAAUUGGUCAGAAAGUCACAAAAUUAGAGAGACUUCACGUCUAUUUUUUUUUCUUUCUUCUUCCUUUUCAUGACAACAUGAAAUAAUUUGUUAAAAAAGAUAAUAUGUUCAAUUUGUUUGUGCUUCACUAAUUAAUUUCCUUUCCAUUUCAUUUUGCUCCCUUACAGGGUGUCUCUGUCUCAAACGUCUCUAUUUAUUUCCAUGCAUGACACUCGAAUUGAGACACUUUGUAACAUACAAACCUCUUUAGUGAAGAGCUUUCCUAUGAUUUCAUGCCAUAUUUCGGAGAUUCCAUUUUACUCCUAAUUCAUACCGCACUCAAGGAUUUUGCAUGCGCUCAGCGGCCUGCCAAACCGAGCCGGAAGAAGAUCCUGCUGACGAGGAUCACGGCGAAAAUGC